AGAAAAAGUUAUUGCUGCACCAUCAAACCGUCUCGUCUUAUUGGAGUGCAAUAAAAUCAAGACAGUGGAUUCGCCUCGGUUCCAAAGCGGCAUAGACGAAUGGUGUACGUCUAUAGAGUCGCGUUUAGAUAGUUUAGUGCGGGGAAAAAGUGAAGUGAAAGCCUACGUCGGAGGAUGUCCGUCGGCGAUUGUGGAUUCCGGAGCGUAUGACACGCUCGCCGUCAUGAGACGCCGCUGGUCGAACAACGGAGGCUUCCAGACGCUUCGUAUGCUGGAGGAGAGCUCGUCCGAAGUGACAUCGUCCUCUGCCCUCGGUCUUCCACCGGCGAUGGUUAUGUCACCGGAAUCGCUGGCGUCGCCCGAGUACUCGAAUCUCGAGCUAUGGGCUUACGAAGAUGGCAUCUCGUACAAUACGGCUCAGUCGUUGCUGGGCAACGCUUGCACUAUGCAACAGCAGCCGCCUACACAACCCCUGCCUUCGAUGCCCUUACCGAUGCCACCCACGACGCCUAAAUCGGAGAACGAGUCAAUGUCAUCAGGCCGAGAAGAAUUGUCACCAGCUUCGAGCGUAAACGGUUGCAGUACAGAUGGCGAGGCAAGACGACAGAAAAAGGGCCCCGCGCCUCGCCAGCAGGAGGAAUUAUGUCUCGUCUGCGGCGACAGAGCCUCCGGAUACCAUUACAACGCGCUUACGUGUGAAGGAUGCAAAGGUUUCUUCAGGCGGAGUGUGACCAAAAAUGCGGUGUACAUUUGCAAGUUUGGGCAUGCGUGCGAAAUGGACAUGUAUAUGCGGCGGAAAUGUCAAGAAUGUCGGUUGAAGAAGUGCUUAGCGGUGGGCAUGAGGCCCGAGUGCGUGGUGCCAGAAACGCAGUGUGCGCAAAAAAGGAAAGAGAAGAAAGCACAGAGAGAAAAAGACAAACUACCAGUGAGCACAACGACAGUAGACGAUCAUAUGCCCCCAAUCAUGCAGUGUGAUCCGCCACCCCCGGAGGCAGCGAGGAUUCAUGAAGUGGUCCCGCGGUUCCUCUCGGAGAAGCUGAUGGAGCAGAAUCGGCUGAAGAACAUACCCCCCCUCACCGCCAACCAGCAGUUCCUGAUCGCGAGGCUGGUGUGGUACCAGGACGGAUACGAGCAGCCUUCGGAAGAGGAUCUCAAAAGGGUGACGCAGACUUGGCAAUCAGCAGAUGAAGAAGACGAAGACUCAGACAUGCCAUUCCGCCAGAUCACAGAAAUGACCAUCCUCACAGUACAGCUAAUAGUCGAGUUUGCCAAAGGCCUACCUGGUUUCUCAAAGAUCUCACAACCUGACCAGAUCACAUUAUUAAAGGCAUGCUCAAGCGAAGUGAUGAUGCUGCGAGUAGCGAGGCGGUACGACGCGGUGUCGGAUAGCGUUCUGUUCGCCAACAACCAGGCGUACACUCGCGAUAACUACCGCAAGGCGGGCAUGGCGUACGUCAUCGAGGACCUGCUGCACUUCUGCCGCUGCAUGUACUCGAUGUCGAUGGACAACGUGCAUUACGCGCUCCUCACUGCCAUCGUUAUAUUCUCGGAUCGGCCGGGCCUAGAGCAGCCACAGCUAGUAGAAGAGAUCCAGCGGUAUUACCUGAACACGCUGCGGGUGUACAUCAUGAACCAGCACAGCGCUUCGCCACGCUGCGCCGUCAUCUACGCGAAGAUUCUGUCGGUGCUUACCGAGUUGCGGACGCUGGGCAUGCAGAAUUCGAACAUGUGCAUCUCGCUGAAGCUCAAGAACAGGAAGCUGCCGCCGUUCCUGGAGGAGAUUUGGGACGUGGCCGACGUGUCGACGGCGCAGGCGCCGCUGGUGGCCGACGGCGCUACGGCGCUCUAGCCCCGCCCACGCGAUCGCGAUGCCUCGCCCGCGCCCCGCGGCUUGCUCUAGCGUAGUGAUGGGACUCGGAAAAAAAACUCGAUUUAACCCGAGUACACGUAACUCGGUUAACUGGAUGGACGAGUAAAUGCUUUUUUUAAUUUUUACCAGUUAAUUAUUAUUACUCAGCUUCCCAAUACGAGUAAUAUUCAUUUAUAAUGUAUUGGGAGAGUCAUACUAACUAAAGUAAGAAAGAAAUUAUUGUUUGAAAUGGCUUGAAUUUUAAUUUUAAAAAAUAUUGAUAUUUAUUAUCACCCGGCAUUUUUCAAAAACAGAACAUAAAACACGAAAAUCUACAACAAUAACCGGCAGUUUAAAGUUAACUUCAAAUAUACAUACAUAUUGUGCCACUUGUAUGUUGUGAAUGGAUGAAUGAACAUAGUUUCAUUCAAAUGAUCGGCAAACUUCGCUCCAUGUCGGUUCCAAUCGGUUUACGUUACGUUCUCGAGUCAGAGAAUUCAACUCGAGUGGGUUCGAGUUACGCCCAACUCGAGUUAACUCGAGUUAGUUACUCGAGUCGACCAUCACUACUCUAGCGCCCCGCACCCCCGAGGAGAGAACGCUCAUAGACUGGCUAGUUUUAGUGAAGUGCACGGACACCGCGUCGGACGUGAACGUAUUUAUAAGGAUUGUGCAAAUUUUACCACAUAAGGGACGCUUUUACGUAUUCGGUGACCGACGACGUGCGAGAGAUUAGUGAAUAUAUGUGUUGUUGAACGUUCGGAGAAUAUAUUUAGUGUUGAUCGUUUAGCGCCCGCCGGCGGGAGCGACCGCCCUCGCUCCGGCCGACGGCGGCGCGGUUAUUUCGUUUACGACUGGAUUUAUAGUUGGUCACUCGGAUACGACUGUAUGAUAAGACUACGUUCGAUAAGUACACCUCCUAAAUUUACAAAUACGUACAUAAACUAUGAGAGUUAUAACAAAAAGUAAUAUAUGAAAUGUUUCUAUUGGGUGAAAAGUUGAUAAUGUUUAUUUACCAAAAUUAACUAUAUGUUGAGUAACAAAUUCACGAUACGACUUGAACGGCCGGUCGCCGCCGGCCGCCGGCGGCCCGCCCCGGCGCGAUUUGUUUGUAUAUAGUUUAUGUCAGACGUGUUAUCGUGUUCUGUCGAAUUUUGUUCAGAUUCAUGUUCCAUUGUCCUGUGCCCACGUCCCUCGAGUAAAUGAGUAAUUAUAAUUUAUUAUUGCUGUGAUUACAUUUAUAACAUGUUGAAUUAUCUUACUUAGGCUGAGAUAAGUGUGUCUUACUACAUAUAAAGAUUCUACUGUCGGUAGCUUUCACACGAGCAUCAAUAGUUUCUGUCUGUUAGGUACUUUUUAACGAAAUACACGCUCUACUCGCAUUUUACACUAAUUGUACUGCAGUUACAUGUUCUUGUGUUACAUUAGGUAAUGUGUGUCUGUCAGUCAGUUUGCGAUAGGCUUAGUACACGGUCGGUUAUGAUCUGCGAACGCCACAGCCUAGCAGAUACAUUGGGUGUUCUGUUAGUAUUUUGUUUGUACUAUAUUUUUAACCUGUGGUGUGUGGUAGAUUUUUUUACUACGAUAGCUGAACGCGGAUCAUAUGAUUGUGUACUCAAAGCCAUACGAAUAAAGUGUUAAAUGUUCUACGCUGUUCGGUUAAUCGUAUACGUGCUAACACUUAUUGAGGCCGAAUGUUCGUGAGAGUCAGUGCAAUUUAUUCCAUAAGCAUAAUUAUAAAAGCAGCAUUAGAGACUUUGUGUACGUGUCACAUAAAUGUUCUAAAAUCUAAGAUAUACUGAGACAGGUUUGGCUACAAAUACUCAUCUGUUUCAGUUGUUAUACAAUGAGUACAGCGUUAUAUAAUUCUGAUCGUAUAACAUUGCGUGCAUGUCGUAAGGCAGCUGUUAUGUAGAUAUGAAAUUAGAAGGGUUAGCGUUCGAAUGAAAUUCCCAAAAUCUUCCACUCUCUUUCACCUCUCGAUAACUUCUCGGGUUAUCUCCUACGAAAUUAAGUUUUCUUAUGAUAUCAACUUGUAUUAUAGUACAAAAUGGCAGCUAAAUAUGUUUUGUAUCGCUUCAAAUUAAAAUAGAUCUAUACGACUCUUUGGCCGAGCUUAUUCUAUGGGAACAAUAUUGGUAUAGUAGACACGUAACGUGUAAUGUUGAUAGUUGACAUGCACGCAGUGUGGCCCGAACAUAACCAAACCUGGCUCCGACUUGUUACUACGAUCGACGUAUUAUAGUGAAGUAAAUAAACAACAUAAACUGCCCACAAAAGCUAUAAACGAUUCACAUACGAUAUGCCUUAUUUCGCGUUACCUGUAAUGUGUACCUACAUUGUUGAUGAGUGGAAAUCAUAGUAUAUAGAACCUAAAAUUAAUCGAUCUCAAGUACCACUAAGCGUUGUUGAUACGAUAAGUGUUUCAGUUCUCGCGGGCAUUAUUUCGGUUCAUUUGGACUCGUCUGUUGUACAGUGGCCGUCGCAAGCCUUCUUCGUCUGAAUCUUAGUAAGUUAGAACACCAAUCGUUGCAUCAUCAUUCGACGGGCUAUUCAGAUCGUGUCACCAUCCAUUCUACGCGUUUAAGCUGUAAGUUAGGUCUGAGUGAUGCGUGUUAUGUCUUCUUUACAUGCCAUUAAGUGUGUUGUAUAUUUACAUGUAUGUUUGGGGUUUUGGAAAUGCAUUUCUUAAUAUACGUAUAACAGCGUGAGACGAUCGGGCUGGCACCGCGGGCCGCGCGCUAGUUCGCUUCGGAUACAUCUUUUCGACUAAUAUUAAUUUUAUUCUAGCAUUAGGCGAUUCUAAAAUAGAAAACGAAGCACAAAAUGUCACGGAGUGUCUUAGGUGCUCCGAUAGGGGCGUAAUUGAUAUGAUAACGAACACACUGCCAUUAUAACGUAUAAAACAUGGUGCGAUCCUGUAUGCGUGCGAUCAUAACGGAUAUCUAAGUUUAAUUUCUUAGUGUCGGGCAAGCGUGUGCAGGCGCGGCGUUGCUUAAAAUAUCAACCGCCUAAUGCUUAUGUGAUAAGAUUGGAUGUGUAGACGAUAUUCGAUAUGAAUGUAUAAUCAAUCAUUUGCUCAGUACCGUCAAUUAUGGUACUAAAGUUAUGUUAUCGAAGUUAUUUUACGACGAAGUCAAGAGUGAAACUCGAAAAAUAUAAAUAGAGGAACACUGCACCUGCACUCGAGCGUCCAAUAUAGGUAAUGAAGUGAUCACGAAUAAUAUGAUUGUCGCUAUGAUACGAUGCCUUAUAUCUGAGAUGUGAUCGUAAGCGGUCCUCUAAACUUCUCUCGAAACGCUGCUUCACGGUCCACAUCUGAGGUUUGUGACAAAUAUAACUGCCAUUCGAUAAGUAAUUAUACAUCAUUGACGCGUAGUUUCAUGUAGCUUCGUAGUUUUCGGAUCCCGUGGGUGCACAGCCGGUCGUAUUUGAUACAUAUUAUUCAAUUUCGAAAUUGUAAUAGAUUUAUUAAGUAUGUAAUAAUCUCACAUGAGAAAGUAAUAAGUAAUGAGAUACCCUAUAUAAUUUGUGUCUUAGCUGAUAAUGGAACAUUAGUAAGAUGAUAAGUUUAUAUCGCUUAUUGGGAUAAUAAUGUAAAAUGGAGACAGCAAUUUUGAACACCGAGUUGGUCGAAGUGUGGGAAGGAGACGACAAACGUACGACAAGACUGGCUUAGGAAAGCACGAUGGUUCGACUGUUACAAUCCGAUGUACUUCUUCGAUUGCCUUUUUUUUAAACCUAUACAUUUUACUUUAGUAGGGAAGCGUUAAGUAUUGUAGUGACCAAACGUGGCACGUCCAGUCUAUUAAUAAUAAUCGGUGGACUUCUGGACAGGUCCGCACUCUGUCCAUUGUAAAUAAAAAAUUAGAAUCUGUCAUAUGUGUGACAUAUGACGUUUAAUUUUAUUCAUCUAGAGAAGUACAGAUGGCUGUUGUUAUUUUUAUAUUAUUUGGGUAGAAGUAUAUUUUUUGUAAAUGACCUCUGUAUUUAUCUUUUGUAAGCUUUGUAAGCCAUAGGGACUUAGUAUAGUGUACGAGCUAUGAACAUUGUGAUUUCUAUUAUCAUUGAAUUUGUAUUUACUGGAAUAAUUUGUUCUGCGUAUAUAUUCUUCGUUUCGUCAGAUUUUCUUAAUAAUUUUGUUACUUCAGAGUGCAAUAUGUACAAAUAUUUACAUAAAUAUAAAAUGUACAGUCAAUUUUUAGUUUUAAUGUGUCAACGCAAUAUAUUUCGCUAUUCAUUCGUUGAAUGUACACGUGGAGAGCAUAAUAAGCUAUAUCACAAGUGAGUGCGACAACUCACUCUCACUAUUGUGUUUUUCUAAUACUUAAGGGAUUAAUUUUAUAUAGAAGGACUAGGUGAUUAUUGUAUUUAAAUUUGCUAAUUUUUUGUAGCAGAUUAGAUUUGUUUACAUUGAUAAGGCGAAUAAUGUAAAUUUUGAAUUGAUUUUAAAGUGAUUUAGUUGUUAUUUAGUAACGAAUUUUCUUAUUAGGUGUAACUGGCAGCCUCGUGGACUGGCUUCAAGUCCACUGAUACCAGUGCGAUUUGUGCAAUGUCUGUUAGGAAUUAAUUAGUCGUACCGCCGGCCGCCGCGCGCGCGCCACCCCACGUGACCUAUUUAUUGAGCCGCCGCUGGCAGCAGUGGUCAAUCCUCGUACUACCCGCGCGGACAAACACUGCAAAGUUUCAGGCACCUCUCGCUCACUCGACAUGCUAUAAGAACGGGAGGUAUCCGAAGCAGUUCUUUCCGUUUAUCAUCGCGGGUUGUAGUAUACAGUGCGACCGCAAUCUUCAGGCUAGCGAAUUUUUGGCGCUCAACCUACGACCAGUAGAAUAAACCAUAAAAUCGUUAGCUCUUAAGAUCUGGGUCGCGCUGUACAUUAAAGCCAUAUAGCAAACCAUCUCGCGUGGAGUGGCGCAGGCGCACCAAUCCUCCGUCAUGUGGUUUCUGUCUGAUACUUGCACUGAGCACUCACCAAGCGCAGUGGAACAUUAAGGCCAAGUUACUCACUUCUAGUGCCACGUCGAACGAUAUAGGAAGGCUGAUUUACGCUCUAAGGGCCCAUUCCGUGUUUCUCGAAACACAUUUUUUUAUUAUUUCAUAAAUCUUAGUCCGCAAUAACUAUUAUUUUCUUUCUAAUACUUUGCCUUAGUAAAUCCUGUGUUAUUAAUUAAUUUAACAACAGCGGUGAAGCGAAUUAGAUAUAGGGAACAGACAUGACGAUAUGUUAAAAUUUUAGAGAGCCAACUUUUAUAAAAGAUAAUAACUACAAAAUAAACCGAGAAAAGGUGUGUACAAAAUGAGGAAAUUUGUAUGAAACAUUGUUAUGCGAAUAAACUUACACCUCAAGAUAAAAUUAUAAAAAAUA